AUGGCAGAGCACAUGGAGGUACCACAGAAAUGCGUCGAUUCGACUACACCAACAACCACAUCCACCCCAACCACCACCACCUCCACAGAGGAAGUCCCGUCAUGUAAUGGUGAUGCAGGUCCCAGACCAGCUGGAAAAGACAAAGAUGACAUGACAUCAAAAGACUACUACUUCGACUCCUAUGGACAUUUUGGAAUCCAUGAGGAAAUGCUGAAGGAUGAAGUGCGGACAUUGACCUACAGAAAUGCCAUGAUACAUAACAAGCAUUUAUUUAAAGGCAAAGUAGUCCUAGAUGUGGGAUGUGGUACAGGUAUCCUGUGUAUGUUUGCUGCUAAGGCUGGUGCUGCCAAGGUCAUAGGGAUUGACUGUUCCAGUAUCAUUGACUAUGCCCAGAAAAUAAUGGAAUUGAACAACUUUGAUAAAACUGUGACCCUGAUUAAAGGAAAGGUUGAGGAGGUCACACUUCCAGAGGGCAUUGACAAGGUUGACAUCAUCAUCAGCGAGUGGAUGGGCUACUGUUUGUUCUAUGAAUCCAUGUUGAACACAGUUAUCUUUGCGCGUGACAAGUGGCUGAGACCUGGUGGCUUGAUCUUCCCAGACAGAGCUGUGUUAUAUGUCACCGCUAUAGAAGAUCGACAGUACAAAGAUGAGAAAAUAAACUGGUGGGACUGUGUGUAUGGCUUUGAUAUGAGUGUGAUACGCAAGGUAGCCAUUUCUGAGCCCCUGGUUGAUGUUGUGGACCCCAAACAAGUGAUAACCAAUUCUUGCCUGGUGAAGGAAGUAGAUAUCUACACGGUUAAGGAAGAGGACCUCACAUUCAAGGCCCCAUUUCACCUUCAAUGUCGGCGUAAUGACUAUGUUCAUGCUCUUGUCACCUUCUUCAAUAUGGAAUUCACAAAGUGUCACAAGAGAACAGGUUUCUCUACAGCUCCUGAGGCCCCCUAUACUCACUGGAAACAGACAGUGUUCUACUUUGACCAGUUAGAUCUGACAGUUAAGAAAGGAGAGGAACUCUUUGGCACAAUUGCUCUGGAACCCAACAAAAAGAACAAUAGGGAUUUGGACAUCAAGAUUGAGGUGGAUUUCAAGGGAGAGUUGUCAGAGAUGAACGAGUGUAUGUCAUAUAGGAUGAGGUAGGAGGAGUGAUAAAAGGAAGGACACAGCGACAACUUAUCCACUUUUUCCACAGUCCUUGGACUUGUGGAGGUCAUGGACAUCCACACUCAGCGUCAUAUUGUUAUGGGAGCAGAAGUGUGGCUGUGGUCUUUUUGAAGUCCCUGCUUGAUGCUGCACUGAACAAUAUUCUAGGACUUUAGUUAAGUAGAUGUAAACCGAAGAUUUCUAUAGAAGAGAAGUAAAAUUGUAUUUUUAUUUUGUAGUAUGUGUACAGUGAUAUAAAAUGUUGUGUCAUUGUCCAAAAUUCGAGAUUUUCCAGCAAAGGAACCUACAGAUAAAAGGACAGGCUAACAACCAAGUAGGGAAUUGAUAUCUAAAACAUAAUACUGGGCUUCAUAAAUAUAUUAUUGUAUGUCUAUUUAGGACCAUUGUUUAACUUCAUUGAGAAUGAAAAUCAAUCUAAAGAUGGGUCUAGUCUGGUGGCUGUCUGCUUGUUGUCUGUGCCAUGGUGUUGUAAUCUGUUGUGAACCAGCCAGGUAAUGCCCUCUGGGAAGUAAAUGAGUAAGAGAAGGGACAUAACCCUUGUCUUAUUGUAUAAGGGGAGUCCUUGUCAAAUGGAAUAAUAUUUGAAUCUGAACAAAAUAUCUUGUUUUAAACUUUUGUUACCUUUCGUUGAACCACUGAAUGUCUACUAAGGAAGAUGCAUUACAGAAAUUUUAUAAUAGAAAAAGAAUACACGUGUAUUUUCAGUGAAAAAAAUGUUACUGGACAUGGAACAAAUCUUAUUCAAAGUUUAUGUCAAAAUCCUGUUUCCUUCACUUCGCAGAUGUAGUAUCCAUCGGGCUUUUAAGGAAAUAUAAGGAUUAAAGCUUUGCAGUAUCUUUGUUUACUUUAUUUGUUCCUCUGACGUUAAUACUGUUUUUCAGUUGAUAAGACAACACACCAUGACCUCGUCAAAUUCAUUUUAAGUAUCAGAUUUUGAGAAGAAAAAAAAAGGAAUUGGUAGAUGUCAUGGUGUGUGUCACACAGUUGUGUUUUGUCUGAGGUGCUCUGUGUGACUGAUGUGUGUUUGGUAUUAUGAGAGAGCUGAAAAUGUAAUGAAUGUUGCAGUCUGAAGUGUUUUUGAGUAUGAAUGAGGCAAGCACUAGCACUUUCACAUGGAAAAUAUCAUUAUUUUGAAGAUUUUCCUUAUUUCCUUUUGCAUUUUUCAAAAGGGUGUUGCAUGACUAUUUAAAACAUUACUGCUGACACAAGCUGAGGAGUAGUGGUUAUUUCAACAGAGAAAAAAAUAUGAAAGUAGUUAAUUUCCUCUUCUUGGCAAGAGCUGGUCUUAGCAGCAUAUAUAAAGGGGAAUUUUAUAAGUCAAAAUCCACUACUAAGCUGUGAUGUUUUCAGAUCUGCCAUUUUGUAACUCUUACAUUAAAUGAAUAUGACAAAAUUAAGAAAAUUGUGAAAUGAAAUAAAACUUUAUUACAGAUGUUUUAAGCACAA